UCACUUGAAUCUUUAGGACAAAGCAUAGAGGAAAUUCGACUUCUGAAUAAUAUUCAUGAAACAGUUAAAGAUGAAAAUGUUAGAAAACUUCUCUUGGAGGGGCUCAAAAUACCUUGCGUUAUGUUUCCUCUGCAAGAUGCUUUCACAAGUUUUUAUAUUAACAUUUUGUCUAUAUUGUAAGCAUCUUUUGUUACAACUUGCCAGUUUUCAUCCGCUAAACUUUUUCCUUUUCUCAUAGUCAUCAAAAAGUGUUUCCGGAGUUUUCUGUGAUGCAACAAUCAGAUGUAUCGGAAUCAGACUACGGAGGUUACGCUAUACAUCCUUCAAUGCAAGCUGUGAUUUUCGGUUUAGAGAAGAGCAUACACUAUCAUGUAGGAGAGAUAAUACUCUCUUCAGUUAAGUCAUGUCGCGAGAGACGCAAUGCAUCACAUCAUUUGAGCAGAAGGCAGAUGGAGUCUUCCUUGUGCGGCUAAAGAAAUCUAUUAUUGAGGUUGGACAUUUAGAAAUGAGCGGUGGGUACGCACACAAAGAUCUUCCUAGAUCAACGUGGGACGGAUGUUGUAAGUUGCCGAUCGGAAAUUCUUACAUGUUGGAAGAGAUUGGAGAGCGAUUUCGAGAAGCUUCGACUGAAACAUUCUCGAAAUUAAGCGUCUUUUCUAUACACACCUAUGCAAACCGGAUUGAAUUGUGGAGAAUGCAUGUUCCGUCCUGCGGAGUCCUACAAUACGAACGGACACAUAAGACAGUCGUUCCUAUCUGCUUUGAGGAGGAGCGAAAGUGCUUCUUUGAUUUUGUUAUUGUCUUGUGGGAUCUCAGGUGUUGGUUGCUGGAAGUUGCCGAAGUUAUUUAUAAACUACAAGAAGAACACAACGAUUCAGAUACGAAUGUGUCCAAUCUUUCUGGUAUUCUCCCAUCACACCCAUUUACUCCGCAAAAAGAAAAACACAAAAAAGGCAUCACAGCUACUUAUGCAGAUAGCGAUCCAGUCAGUUUUCUGCGUGAUUCAAUCAAAAGUUGGUAAUAAACAUUUGAAUUGCACAGUACUAAGUAUAUACCUAUUUUUCGUAAAAAUAAUGAAAAUGUAUUUUAAUAAAGUUUCGUCCACAUUGGGCUUUA